CAGAACAAAGCCCGCAGACUCCUUUGCUCUUCUGUGUCCCAGCCAUGGCUGCCACAGCCUCGGCGUCCUGGCACCAUCCUGGGGGAAAAGACAAGACGGCGUGGAAGGUGCUGGUUAUGGUGGCCUUGCUGCAGGCACAGCUCCCAGUUACAGGGGCACAGAGCUUUGGCCUGCUGGAUCCCAAACUGUGCUACCUGCUGGACGGGAUCCUCCUCAUCUAUUGCAUCAUUUUCACUGCCCUGUACCUGAGAGCAAAGUUCGGCAGGAGCGCGGCCGCCCCGCAGGACCGGCAGGGCCCCAACCAGCUCUACAACGAGCUCAAUCUAAGAGGAAGAGAGGAGUAUGAGGUUUUGGAUAAGAGACGAGGCCUGGACCCUGAGAUGGGAGGAAAACAGCAGAGGAAGAGGAAUCCUCCGGAAGUCGUGUACAACGCGCUGCAGAAAGACAAGAUGGCAGAGGCCUACAGUGAGAUUGGGAUAAAAGGCGAGAACCAGCGUCGGCGAGGGAAGGGGCACGAUGGCCUUUACCAGGGGCUCAGCACUGCCACCAAGGACACCUAUGAUGCCCUCCACAUGCAGACCCUGCCUCCUCGCUAACAGCCCCAGGCAUUUCACCAACCAUUUCACAGGCCAGACCUGCCCAGAUUGUUAAAGACUCAGGAUAAAGCAUUUAUAACCCAGUUCACUCCUAUUUCUCCACCACCAAAGUAUUCCCUCUUAUGAAUUGGAUGCUUUGCAUUUUAACAUUUGGUCAUAUCCAACUCCAAACCAUCAUCCCUGGGCUCUGGAGGGGAGGGUGCUCCGCCAGGGUUAUGGCCCUGACCUCGAGGAGUGCUUUGUGAGUGCCACCCGUUCUCGGGGCUUCUGGGGGUCUUGUGGUUCCUCGGAGACUGUGGACGGGCCCCUCUCCUGGAGGCCCCGGGCUCUUACCUGGGAGACGGGUACAUCCUCCUCUCACAGCCAUGUUCUGUCCGUGUUUUGUCAAGUCCCCAGAGAAAUCCCAAAUGUUAGCACAUAUCCCACUAGUCUUCACUGUUCCGUCAGUAUUUCAGUGUCUUUGCUCCUGCUGUAAAUUUGGCUUCUGUUGUCAACCUGCGCCCUCAUUUCAAGGUCACUUGUCACUGGGGCAAAGGGGCUGUUGUGCC